AUGAAGUUGCAGAGUCUGUUAGUCUCUGCUACGGUGUUGACAGCGCUAACAGAGAAUGUUGAUGCUUGGUCACCCAGUAAUAGUUACGUCCCUGCCAACGUAACUUGCGAUGAUGAUAUCGAGUUGGUUAGAGAAGCCUCCAGUCUAUCAAAGAACGAAACUGAAUGGCUGAAGAAGAGGGAUGCAUACACUAAGGAAGCUUUGCAUUCUUUCUUGAACAGGGCCACUUCGAACUUCAGCGACAAUUCGUUGCUCUCUACUCUUUUUGGUAGUAACUCUUCCAACAUGCCUAAGGUUGCUGUAGCCUGUUCCGGUGGUGGUUACCGUGCCAUGUUGUCCGGUGCCGGUAUGAUUGCUGCUAUGGACAAUCGAACGGAUGGUGCUAACGACCAUGGUCUUGGUGGGUUGCUGCAAGGCGCAACUUACCUGGCGGGUCUGUCAGGGGGUAACUGGUUGACGAGUUCUUUGGCGUGGAACAACUGGACUUCUGUGCAAGAUAUAGUGGAUAAUAUGACAGAAUCCAAUUCAAUCUGGGACAUUUCCCAUUCGAUUCUUACUCCGGGCGGAAUCAACAUCUUUAAGACUGGGAGCAGAUGGGACGAUAUAUCAGACGAUGUGCAGGCUAAGCAAGAUGCCGGUUUCAAUAUUUCUUUGGCAGAUGUUUGGGGCCGCGCUCUUUCCUAUAAUUUUUGGCCGGACUUGUACCAUGGUGGUGUAGGAUACACAUGGUCAACUUUAAGGGAGGCAGACGUUUUCAAGAAUGCAGAAAUGCCAUUCCCUAUUUCUGUCGCGGAUGGUAGGUACCCGGGUACUACCGUGAUCAACCUAAAUGCCACUCUUUUCGAGUUCAAUCCAUUUGAGAUGGGCUCUUGGGAUCCUACAUUAAACGCAUUUACCGAUAUAAAGUAUCUAGGUACCAAUGUUACAAAGGGUAAACCAGUUAAUAAGGGCAAAUGUAUUGCUGGUUUUGACAACACCGGUUUCAUAACUGCCACUUCAUCUACUUUGUUUAAUCAAUUCUUAUUACAAUUGAACUCCACCGGUUUACCAUCAUUCAUCGCUAAUUUAGCCGCUGAUUUCUUAAAAGAUAUAUCCGACAAUAGUAAUGAUAUUGCGAUUUACGCCCCAAAUCCAUUCAAAGAAGCUGAUUACCUUCAAAAAAACGCGACUUCCAGUAUUAUUGAAUCUGAUUAUCUAUUCUUGGUUGAUGGUGGUGAAGAUAAUCAAAACAUUCCAUUAGUCCCAUUGUUACAAAAAGAACGUGAAGUAGACAUUAUUUUUGCGUUAGACAAUUCUGCUGAUACUAACGACUAUUGGCCAGAUGGUGCCUCAUUAGUUAAUACCUACCAGCGUCAAUUUGGUAGUCAAGGUCUCAAUUUGUCCUUCCCAUAUGUUCCAGAUGUAAACACAUUCGUCAACUUGGGAAUGAACAAAAAGCCAACAUUUUUUGGUUGUGACGCAACGAAUUUGACAGACUUGGAGUAUAUUCCACCAUUGAUUGUUUACAUUCCAAAUUCAAGGCAUUCGUUCAAUGGUAACCAAAGUACUUUUAAGAUGUCAUACUCUGAUUCAGAACGCCUUGGUAUGAUAAAAAACGGGUUUGAAGCUGCCACAAUGGGAAAUUUUACUGAUGAUUCUGAUUUCUUAGGCUGUAUCGGUUGUGCCAUCAUUAGACGUAAGCAACAAAGCCUAAAUGCCACAUUACCUUCUGAAUGUAGCCAGUGUUUUACCAACUAUUGUUGGAAUGGUACAAUUGACAACAAGUCUGUUUCAGGCAUAGGUAAUGAUGAUUAUUCUUCUACUUCCAUAUCUGGCUCCGUUGUUGCUACCUCCGCCUCCGCCUCCACCUCUGGGUCUUCCACUCACAAGAAAAAUGCGGCCAAUGCUAUAAUUAACUAUUCUGACCUAAACACGAAUACUUUUAUGGGGGUGUUGAGUGUUAUAAGUGCCGUCUUUGGUCUAAUAUAA